AAUGAAGCUCAUAUAUAGCCGGGUGGGAGCCGCCGAGCCUCACGGAGCCCGGCCCGCCCGCCGCCGCCUCGCCCCCAUGAUGGGCUCGGUGCUCCCGGCCGAAGCCCUGGUGCUGAAGCCCGGGCUGAAGCCGCAGGGGCUGUCGCUGGCCGAGGUGAUCACCUCCGACAUCCUCCACAGCUUCCUCUACGGCCGCUGGAGAAACGUCCUGGGCGAGCAGCUCUUCGAGGAGAAGAGCAGCCCCAAGACCGCCUUCACGGCAGAGGUUCUGGCUCAGUCCUUCUCCGGAGAAGUGCAGAAGUUGUCCAGCCUGGUGCUGCCGUCGGAGGUGAUCAUCGCGCAGAGCUCUAUCCCCGGGGAAGGGCUCGGCAUCUUCUCCAAGACCUGGAUCAAGGCUGGCACCGAGAUGGGACCCUUCACGGGCAGGGUCAUCUCGCCGGAGCAUGUGGACCUGUGCAAGAACAACAACCUCAUGUGGGAGGUCUUCAACGAGGAUGGCACGGUGAGGUACUUCAUCGAUGCCAGCCAGGAGGACCACCGCAGCUGGAUGACCUACAUCAAGUGUGCACGGAACGAGCAGGAGCAGAACCUGGAGGUGGUGCAGAUCGGGAACAGCAUCUUCUACAAGGCCAUCGAGAUGAUUCCUCCGGACCAAGAGCUGCUGGUCUGGUAUGGGAACUCCCACAACACCUUCCUGGGUAUCCCUGGUGUGCCAGGGCUGGAAGAGGAGCAGAAGAAGAACAAACAUGAGGACUUUCACGGGGUGGAGACCGGGGCCAGCACGACCGGGCGGAUGCGCUGCGUCAUCUGCCACCGCGGCUUCAACUCCCGCAGCAACCUGCGCUCGCACAUGCGGAUCCACACCCUGGACAAGCCCUUCGUGUGCCGCUUCUGCAACCGCCGCUUCAGCCAGUCCUCCACGCUGCGCAACCACGUCCGCCUGCACACGGGCGAGCGCCCCUACAAGUGCCAGGUUUGCCAAAGUGCCUACUCGCAGCUGGCAGGGCUGCGGGCACACCAGAAGAGCGCCCGGCACCGGCCCCCCAACGCCUCCCUGCAGGCUCACUCGCCCGCCCUGCCCGUGCCCCAUCCUGCUUCUCUCGCCCACCACAUCCCCACCAUGGUGCUGUGAAGCCCUGGCACGGCACGGACAGCGAGGACUGGCACUGGGACCUGCGAUGAAGUGGGAGUGUUGGCCCCCGGCGGAGCUGGCAGGGCCGGUCGGUGUGUGGCAGAGGGGGUGCUGGUUUGCUUCGGGAGCGCCGCCGCUUGCUUGGGGUGUGGAGGCUGUUUGGGAAGUGAGGGGACCCCCACACACCCCC